AACAUGAGCUAAAAAAUAUGUGGCAACGGUUUUUUGCGUGGACUGGAGUCUUCAUUAUUGCAUUUGCUUGCCUAAAUUUCUUUCCGUUGCUUUCAAAAAUAUAAGUUAGAUUUUUCUCAACUGCCAAACUUAAAUAAGUAUUUGCAAGGAACACACACAGAAUUCUCAGGAGGUAGCCCAUUUUGGAAAAUUACCAGUGAAGCAAGCUGUGGAUGGCCCAGUUCACAGCUCAAGGACGCGUGAAGUCGCUCUUUAAUGGCGAGGGGGUGUCAUUUGGUUUGGAACCCAAAGACCCAUUUCACAAAAUGCUUAGAUCAAUCCAACCUCACAAGCGCAGGUUCAGCUUUUCACGUUCCACAAGACUCUAUUCUUCUUAUUCUUCUUCCAAGUUGGACAAACACAGACACACACACACGGAUUUUAGUUCUGAUGCCUGUUUGAGUGCUGGGGAUGAGAGUGUUAAUCGUGAAGAUGCUGUUAAAGCUGAUGAUUUUUAUGAUGAUGAAUUCGAGACGGACAACUUGGCUUGUUUCAGAGGCCUGGUGUUGGAUAUUUCCUACAGGCCAGUUAAUGUUGUCUGCUGGAAGCGUGCUAUUUGUUUGGAAUUCAUGGAGAAGGCUGAUGUCCUAGAAUAUUAUGACCAGACUGUAAACUCUCCAACUGGAUCCUUUUAUAUACCAGCUGUAUUAAGGGUUCCCCAUUUGCUGCAGGUUGUUAAGAGAAGAAGAAUCAAGAGCAAUCUCAGUCGUAAGAACAUAUUAUAUCGGGACAGCUAUACCUGCCAGUAUUGUUCUUCACGUGAGAACUUGACCAUUGAUCAUGUUCUGCCAUCUGCACGUGGUGGAGAAUGGGAAUGGGAAAAUCUGGUCGCUGCCUGUGCCAAAUGCAACUCCAAAAAAGGCCAAAAAACAUUAGAGGAAGCAAAUAUGAAGCUGAUCAAGGUCCCUAAGGCUCCAAAAGACUAUGACAUACUUGCCAUACCCCUAACAACGGCAGCAAUAAAGAUGCUGAGAAUGAGGCAGGGAACUCCUGAAGAGUGGCAGCAAUAUCUAUCAUAGCCUUCUUUAGAGCCUUGAAAUUCGCUCGCUGUGGCAAUUGUACAUUUUGUAAUUUGUAUGACUCAGAUAUGGGAUUAUAUAAAAUCCAUUGCUGAUGGAAGCGGUUCAACUUCUUUCUGUACCUCAUGAUUUGGAAAACGUGUAUAGUAAAGCUUAUCUAAUAUAGUAUCUUUCAUGAUUUCCAAACAUCAAAUUCUAAAUCUGCACUUUCAGCAUCUUGCUGAUCAUUAUAUGUGGAAUUUGCAAAAUGAAAUAAUCAUACCCAUCCUUGUUGGUAUCGA